AUGAUUUUGAAGAAUUGUUCCAUUCGUUAUAUAUCAAAUGAAAUGAAGUCCCUUCCUAAACCUCCAGCUGGAACGGGGGUAGUAUUUCAUGGAAAAUUACAACAAGUUAAGUACGCCAUUAGUUUUCCAAGUUAUAUUUUUAUAAUAUUCUCUGGGUUUAUGGGAGCAAUGUCUGGGAAUUUUUUUUACAAAAAAUUUAUUUUAAGGAAAAACCCUCCAAAUCCUUUGAGAGACCCAAACGAUUUACCACCAGAAAAGCAUCCACACACGCCUGAAGAUGAUUAG